AUGUCGUCAGAAAAGCUCUGUUUAGGACGCAUAAAGAGCAUUGAGCCAUAUCACUUAAAUAUAUCUCUGCUUUAUGGCGCAAGAGGGCGAGUUCAAAUUGCUGAUGUUAGCUCGCCGUAUCGUGAAGCUCUUGAACAACUUCUUUCCGGGGAUGCCAAUAUUAACGUCAAAAAGUUAGACCAAAUGUUUACUGUUGGUCAAGUCGUUCGGUGUUGUCUUAAGGAAGGGGAAAAAGCACCGGAAAACUUUGACAGACUGAGAAAUAGUGUUCUGGAACUUUCUCUAAAUCCAAGCCGAGUGAAUCAGAAUAUUAGGAAGGGUCAGCUAGAAUCUUUCAUUACACUCGUUGGCGCAGUUAGUAGUAUUGAAGACAACGGUUACAUAAUAGAUGCAGGUAUCCAUGGUCUUAGUGUUUUCCUCCCCUUCGAUAAAACGCCUCUGCGGGCACCUGGGAGGUUUUCAAUUGGAAGUCUGGUUGAGUUUUCAAUAAUAAAAGAUCAAUCAUCAGGCAUCAACGCAAGAGUUGCCCGUGCCACCAUGUUGAAGAAGCAAAAGAUUCAUGAUGACUCUCUCCUUCCAUUCGAUUGUUUUCUUCCUGGGAUGCGUAUUCCCCUCAGAAUUCGCUCAAAGGGACCCGAGGGUUUGCAAUGCGAUUUUCAGUCCUUCAGCGUCUAUGUGCCAGCGCAACAUUGUCCUCUUGAGGUCAAUCAUUACACAAUAGACAGUCGAGUUAUUGCAUGCAUCGUAUCCGUGGAUCAUUUCGCAAAAGCAAUAAUAGCCAGCUUGUUGCCCCACUUUGUUAAGGAGGAUCUUGAUGGUAGUCGGAGCCUUUUAGCUUUUAAGCACGUCAAAAUUGGAUCCAUGCAUGAUGACGCCGUCCUGAAACGCCGUGAACGAAAUUGUGUCUAUCUAUGGCUGCCAUCCCUACAGAAAUGCGGAAUCCUCUUGAAAGCAAAUGCGUUUGAUGUGGCGCCCUCCAAAAGGUGGACCUCACAAAUCCCAGAAAACACACCCAUGAAAUGCCGCGUAGUUGACUUUGACCUAUUUUUGAACAUGCCAGUGAUUUCCUGCAGAAAGCGUGUGCUUGAAUCCAAAUUCCUAUCUUUGAAUGAUGUUAAUGUGGGUGCCACCGUUACAGUUACUGUAAGGAAGUUAUUAAAACGGGGUGUUUCAGUUCGUCUGGCUGGAAGAAUUCGUGGUAUCAUUCCCUUCAUGCACCUUUCAGAUGCACCUAUAAAAAACCCUCAGGAUCGGUUCAAAGUCGGAAGCAAAAUCAUAUCAUUUGUUCUUGGAGUUGAUCUAGAGAAAGAAGAGCUUCUGCUAACAGCCAGGAAGAGCCUCAUGUCUUCCAACCUACCCAUUCUGGGCAGUUCUAAAAUGGUUCAAGCCUGGGAAGAAGUGGAACACAGCGACAAGACGGGAGCCAAGCACCUCCUCGUCACCGCUUUCGUCGUUCACCUCAGCGAGAGGGGCGUGCUCGUAUGUGGCAUGAACAAUGUCCGUGGCUGGAUUCCCCGUCGCCAGACUUUCGUUGAAGAUACACAAUCUGUGGAAACAUUUUUUAACAAGGGCGAAACUCUUCAGCUUCGCGUAAUAAAGCGUCUUAAACAGGACCCUCAACGCUCAGACAAACCUUCCACUCAGUUCCUCCUUUCACAAAUUCUUGAUCCGACAAAGGUUCAGCGUCCAGCCCCCCCAGUGAGCACAUCAGUCUCUCUGGGAGAGAUCUACUACUGCCGAGUGAAUAGGGUGCAGUCCAGCGGUUUGCGAGUUGGCCUCUGCACCACCAGUGCCACAGAUGCAACGAUUAUAGCGGAGGCCACGCUGCCCUUCCCCCAUCUCUCCGAUAGCAUCUCCAUCGCCCAACUAGCGCGGCAGUCGCGGUUAGACUGCUUCCAGCCCAAGAUAAUGCUCUCUAUCAAUGGGGAUGGCGCCGCCUCCUCACCCACGCGAGUCGUUGUCGUUGGUGUAACCACCACGGAGGUGAUUGUUUCGGCUAAACCGUCUCUUGUUACGGCUGCAGCGGGUCAUGAGAUGGGACCUAAGAGCGGUGGAUUUGUCCGCAGUUUUGAACAACUUGUGGUUGGCAGUCAGUGGGUAGGUUGGAUUGCGCACCAUAAGGACUACGGUGUGUUCGUGGAGUUUCCUGGUGGGCUACGAGGUCUCGUGCCGACCCGGUACAUCUCGGAUCGUCGGGCAUCGCACGAUAUCGCGUGGCCCCUGCUCCUGCCCCCCGGAGCCAGCGUGGAGGCCAAGGUGGUAGAGGUGAGCGCCUCGCAACAGCGCUUCCUUCUCUCUCUCCGCAUGAUGGAUACCUACAGUUCCGCCGCGGAGCAGUAUGUUGAAGGGGCGAUUGCUCGUACCCACCGAUAUCUCGAUGAAUGCCGGUGGAUAUGCUCUCAUGUGAAGCACCUCAGUCGACUGGCACAAUUCGCUCUGGGUGAGGUGGUACACCUACAGGUAGACGGUGUAACCGAGGAGGCUGUCACGGGCACAGUGGCCACAGCGGCAAAUAGUGGUGGGGGUAGAGUGCCGGCUGUUGCUCUUCUUUUAAACACGGAGGAGGUGGAGUGCGUAGCAGGCGGUGUUUACCCCGCCGUCGUUACCCUUCCUAACCUUGAAGCCGGGUGUCUUGAAGUGGCCCUCCUCCCGUGGCUCCUGCGCGGCGUCAGACAGCGCGCUGGUGGACAAUUUGCCGCUGAUGCUAUGCAGGUGCGUCUUGGCCAGAGCAUCGACUCCAGCGUCGUCUCCUUAGGCAAUGGGCGCGACGUGGUAGUGGUUGCCCUCAAACAACACGCACUAGGUCAUCUGGCGGUUGUGCCGACACGUCGGUUCUUCAACGACCUCAUCGGGGGCAAUGCCUGGGCCCUAGCUCAAGUCAACCGAGUCACUGUUCGUAGCGAGGUGGAAUCUCACAAAGCAAACACCAGCAACAAGGCCUUCUUCGCAACCCUGUCAAUCUACGACCCUCUGAAGGAAAAGCCAAGGACAAGAGCAGUGGGAGGAGCAGCGACGGAGAUAGAAACCGUGUCACCAUUGCCAGCGUCACUAGAACAGUUGACCACACCGGGCACCCGUCUACCCGAGGUUGUUUUCAUUGGAUUGAAGGGGCGCGCCGCUCUUUUCCGCCUUCCACACACACGGGGCUUACGGGAGAUACGCUCACGCCUCAUCUGCCGCCUCGUCGACCUCGUGCCAACAGGAAAGGCGGCGCGCAAAUUUCUUCACUCCCCGCCUCCCUGUGGCACCGUCUUCCACAACGCCAUUGUGGUCAAUGCACCCUCCACCACGGCGUUGGAGGGAAAAGAGAAGGAUCCGGAAUUGGGUGAUCUGGUGUGCGCCAUGUUCUUGGGCGUAUCGAACAUUAGCUGGCGCCUCCUUCUGUCCAAUAACGCACGUGGUUUACUCCACGUCUCCUGCAUGUCCAAAUCCCACACCACAGAGGCAUCCAGUCCCCUCGCCACUCCCCCUUUGCAGUUUCCGCGCCGCCCCAAAAACGGUGUCUGGCUCACGUGCCGCAUCAUCGACGUGGCGCACGAACAGACAACAGUAGCGGAGGCAGCGGAUGAAAGUAGAGAUGACGAGGCGGAAGUGAAGGCAGAAGGCAAGAUUGGGCCUCAAAUCGCUGAAGGAGACGAAAUUGUGCCGGUUGGGGACGAUGAAGAUGCACCUUCCAAGGCACCUCUGAAGGUCUUUUAUGUCUCCACUGAGACCUCUGAUUUACGCAAGUGGAAUCCUGAGAAGUACCAGGACCUGGAUUUGGCGUUGGACAUACCGAUGUUCGGAUUUAUCAAGCGUCGAUUCAAGAAGUUCCUAGUUGUCAGCCUCAACUACAAGACCGAUGCAGUUGUACCUUACUCCGCUGCCUUCCUGAAAUCCAACCAACGAGUAGGCUCGAUAGUUCAAAUAAUCCUCACAUCAUUGAAGCCACUGCGGGGUUGCCUCGCCAACGAGCCGGUGCGUCGGUGCUCUGCGUCCACGAGCGACGCGAUAGCCAAAUCGGACGGACCGUCGGGUCCCAAGCGCAGGCGUUUGGUGUCCUUUAGCGCUCGCACAGGUGCUUCCGUGGCGCCCACAAUUGGAGAUAUUCGGGACCGCUAUGCUGACUUCCUCUCUCCUUUAUUUACUGAACAGGAGCAGCAGCCGUUGCAGAAUGAGGACAAGGACAUGGAAGUGGAGAAUUCGUGUCAGAAGGCGGUCGUUGCUGCGUCGUCCUCCCUUCUCACAAGUCUACGGAAUGAGUCACGACUGGCGGAGGUGGCCCAGGCAACAAUGUUGGGGAGCGAGAUUGCACACCCACUGCCGCGCAUCUCCUCCGUGGAGGAGUAUGAGGUGGCGGUGCGCAACUCGCCACAGAACGCGCACCUUUGGACGCUCUACGCCGUGCACCACCAGGCGGCAGGUGAUGUGGAGCGAGCGCGCACCGUUCUCCAACGCGCCCUCGACUCACCUGCCGCCAGUGCUGACAACGCGGGUGGCUUCACGGGUACCAUCCUCCUUUCCUCCCUACGUUUAGAAAGUUCCGUUGCCACUGCUGCCUGUGUGGGAGUAGAGCGGAGUGUUGGUUCCACCCCCACCGCACCUCUUCUCGAUGCAGUCAUCGCGCGUAUCGAGCAGUUGGAUCGUGAGGCUGUCACCCGUCGUGCGGUCUCUGUUCUCUCCACUGCUGGACUGCAUUCAUAUGCGGAGAAUAUGGCGAAGAAAUUCGUGCGUCAGCACUCUGCUUUGCCGGAGGCUUGGCAAACCCUGGUUCGUGCUCGCUUCCGUGCUGGCAAUGUGACCGGUGCUAGAGAGGCCCAGCGUAACGCUGGCCAAACUCUGCGUCUCUCACAACUUCUUCAAUUCGCUGUAGGGUGUGCGCGACUGGAGUUUGAGUUCGGCGAUGUGGAUCGGGCAAUAAAGCUGGUUGAGGAGCAGCUUGCGGCUCAUCCUCAGAAGAAGGUCGUCUAUGUCAACUACAUACAACUUCUUAUGUCCGCGGGAAAGAGUGCCGAAGCAGAGUUAGUUCGUGAGAACGCUUUGAGGAAGUUGCCAGAGAAGGAUCACGCGUCAAUUAAAAAACUCUUCUCUAACAGCUAA